UUUAUUCUUCCUUUCUAUCAAUCUGUUAAAAACAAGCUAUUAUGACUCCAGAUAUUGAAAAUUGCUUUAAAGCAUCUAUUGAUGCUAAUAAAAUCCAUGGCGCCGUGCUUUGCGCUACUGAUGCCAAGAGUCACUUUGUUUAUAACAAUGCCCUUGGCAAACGCACCUUGCUGUCAGGCGAGAAAAAACCACAGCGACUUGAUGAUAUCCUAUGUCUAGGCCUUUGCACCAGCCUGGUUACAACUGUUGCUGUUCUACAAUGUGUAGAAGAUGGACUACUCAGCUUGCUAAGCGACUUAUCGUUAGUAGUACCGGAGCUGGCUACAAAGGAGGUCAUAACGGGUUUUACCAAUAUCAAAGACGGCGGUGAUCCGUUAUUUGAGCCUGCAGAUACUCCCAUCACGCUUGAGAUGUUGCUCACCCAUAGCUCCGGCGUCGGUUACGACUUCCUCCAGGAGCAUGUCGGCCGAUGGCGCAGAAAGUUUGCCCCUGUCAAUCCAGAUAAGCUUCAGACCGUCGAGGAAACCUACAGUUACCCGCUCGGUUUUCAGCCUGGGGCUGGCUGGAUGUUUGGUCCCGGGCUUGAUUGGGUUGGUCGCAUCGUGGAGCGAGUAACUGGCCAGAAACUUGGCUAUUACAUUCAACAGCGCAUCUUUACCCCGCUGGGUAUUUCGGAUGCACAGUUCUACCCCAUUACCCGAGAGGACUUGCGCAGCCGCCAGGUCGACUUGAAUCCUGAAGACCAAGAUGGCUAUGGCAAGGCAGUGCUUGGGGGUGGCGGUGUGUCGAACAAGUGCUCUAAGGGUCACUUUGGUGGCCAUGGACUCUUCAUGACAGGCCUUGACUUCACCAAGAUUCUGCACUCUUUGCUUGCUAAUGACGGAAAAUUGCUAACGACUGCCACUGUCGAUGAAAUGUUUCAAGAUCAUCUGAGCCCAGAUGCAAGAGCUGAUUUGCAUUCCACUCUCUCUGGCCCACUUGGCCCCUUCUUUAAGGCGGAUCCGGAUGUCGAGACUAAGAUGGGUCACGGGUUAGGCGGAUUGCUCACCAUGGAAGAUAUCCAGAGCGGAUAUGGCAAGGGUACGCUCUGCUGGGGAGGGGCUAUGUCACUUUUGUGGUUUAUCGACCGAAAAAAUGAUCUGUGCGGCUUUGGUGCUAUUCAGGCUACAUUGGCUCCUGGCGGUACCGCAAGCAUCCCAGUGCUGAAAGAUACGUUCCGAAAGGAUAUUUACGCUCUGCAUGCUGCAUGGAAGAAGGCGCAGGAUUUGGGAUGAUACAAAGUCACAUGCGAAACCUGAGAGUGCCAAAUUACUCUCCAUUUGUAAUUGAGCAUUAAUAUUAGGCAACUUUACGUAUCCUUAAACUAUAUUGCAUUGUGA